AUGUACAUUGCACUUCUGACAACACUUGGAGUUACCCUUCAGGUUGGGCUUGCCACCGCUCAAACUAAGGUCACGGUAGAUGCGGGCACGACCUACCAGGUAAUUGAUGGGUUUGGCUUCUCGGAGGCGUUUGGCUUCGGCGGCGGAGUCGAAAAUGCACCUGCAGCGCAACAAACCCAGGCACUGAACUAUAUGUUCAGCACAACUGAAGGAGCUGGUAUGACAAUUCUACGUAACCGAAUUGCAGCGGAUCCGAACGGUACUAUUGAGCCAAAUAGUCCUGGAUCACCGUCUACCACUCCGAGCUACAGGUCAAUUGGCGACGAUGCUAGCCAGAUAUUUUGGUCUAAGAAUGCACGGGAAAUGGGUGUCAAGUACAUCUACGCUGAUGCCUGGAGCGCCCCUGGGUUCAUGAAGACCAACAAUGACUACAUCAACGGCGGAUAUCUGUGUGGUGUGACUGGACAUACUUGUUCCUCUGGCGAUUGGAGACAGGCAUAUGCAAACUACCUGGUGCAAUAUCUCCAAGACUACGCCACACAGGGUAUCACGGUUGACUUUGUUGGCUUCUUGAAUGAGCCUGAAUUUUCGCCAAGCUACGAUUCAAUGUCGUCUGAUGGCACUGAAGCCGCCUCCUUCAUUCCAAUUCUCCACGACGCCAUUCAGAAAGCUGGUCUAUCUACUGGCAUUACUUGUUGCGAUGCCGAGGGCUGGACCGACCAGGUGACAUUCACGCAGCAGCUUAUAUCUGCUGGUGCUGAGCAAUAUUUGUCUCGUAUCACCUCUCAUUGGUACACCUCUCAGGGUACAUCUCCUAUUAACACUAGUCUGAGAGUAUGGGAGACUGAAUACGCGGACUUGGAUGAUGCAUUCACUGCGACUUGGUAUUCAAGCGGUGCAUUCAAUGAAGGCCUCACAUGGGCCAAGCUCAUCUACCAAGGCCUUGUUGAGUGUAACCUCAGUGCGUUCCUGUACUGGGUUGGCGCUCAAUCGAACAGCAACGCCGCUGGACUAGUCACCCUAACGGGAUCGGGCUCUUCUACGCAGGUAGUCGCUUCAGGGUCUCUCUGGGCUUUUGCCAUGUUCUCUCGCUACAUCAGACCCGAUGCUGUACGUAUUGGUGUCUCUGGUACCCCUACCAACACCCAAGUCGCGGCUUUCAAAAACACGGACGGCUCUAUCGUAACGGUUAUGAUCAACUCAGGCGCAAGCUCUCAAAGUAUCUCUCUAGGAGGCGGCACUAUUUCAUCAGCCAAGGCCUAUUACAUGGACAACUCUGUCUCGUCGCCGUCUAGCCUUUCGAUCACCCUGAGCGGCGGCAAUAUUGCGGCUACUCUUCCCGCCUACUCAGUGGUCACUUUUAUUUUCUCCAGCACUGGGUCUACCUCGUCUACCACCACCACGAUUGUCAAUUCUAUCACAUCUACUACCACCACGGCUAGUGCAACCAGUACAGGCCUUGCUCAGCACUGGGGUCAGUGUGGAGGCCAGGGUUGGACCGGCCCAUCUGUCUGUGCUAGCCCUUACACGUGCCAGUCGGUGAAUCCAUACUACUCACAGUGUCUUUAA